AUAAAAUUAAUGGAAGAAGAAGCAAAUAAAAAGGUUGCCCAGAACCUCACUCCUAACGAAAAGCACUUCUACUGGCAAGAGCUAUGUGAUAAGGAGGACUACAGCAGAGAUAAUUUUGAUAUUAAGGAUAAAAUAGAGAUCUAUAAUUCAUUUAAGAAGAAGUCAGCCAAGAGGCCCAAAGGAGAUGCUUUUAAUGAAAAUGCAGGCAAGCUUUUCACCUGUGUGACUAAUACUACUGCUAUGAUCAAGCCUUCUAGGGGAUCAGGUUUUGACUCUAAAGAUUAUGAAUAUCUCGAGAAAUAUUAUAAGAGCGGGCUUAAAUAAUCUCAGAUUUUCUAACCCAGGAGGGGCCAGAGUACUCGCUAAUUCGGGUAUGGGAGAAACCCUCAGCACUCAAGUUCCUAAAGAGAAGAGCAGCAAAUCUUCUCAUAAGAUCAACAAGCUAGAAGCCAGGAUCCAGCAUGAGAGAAAGAUGAGAGAGUUAGCUCAAAAAGAAGUGAAUAGACUUAAAGCUGAAGUUCAUAAAUUGAUAUAA